CUAAGGUGUCCGUUGAGCUCGCUGUUCUGGCGGCUACGUGUUGAGGAUACGCGCAGGAAGAAGUUAGGUCCCUGAGUCUGUGAGGGGCUGUGUAUCCCCUGUCCUGAACUGUCUAGAAGGGCGCCCGGACUUCAUCCAGCUGCCUUUUCACACGUUCAUUCGUUCUUCACCGCCGCUUGGUGCAUACGUUUGAAUUCCCGAGCCCUUCUUUCUGGAUCGCCAAGUAAUCACAAUAGCAGUGAGCCAAGUUAUCAAUCACAGAGGUGGAUCUGAAAUUUCUGAAGCAGCCGUUACUUACUGCAGAUUACCUGUGGAAAAUGUCAUCCGAUGACGAGAAAGGUGCUCUUCCAGUUGUGCAAAAUGACUCAGACCAAGGCAGUACUGCGUCUUCAGAUCUUCAGGUAGAGUAUGAAGAACUGCUUCGUUACACUAUAGUGACUCCAAAUAUUGAAUCAAGUGUUCCACAGCCAUCUCAUUCUAAGGGAGAAGCAUUGCCAGAUGUUAGACUUCCUACUGUAAUUGAUACUCGUCAUAAUCAAGGAAGUAGCCCUGUAGUAAGAGAAACAAGGAUGGAAGUUGGAAAAGGAAGUGACUUAAAUAUCUCAAAGACAGACGGGUCAUCACCAGUGUUAUCACCAAGGAAGCCUUCUCACCCAGUCAUGGAUUUUUUCAGUUCAAAUCUUUUAGGUGACUCUUCCUCACUCAGCUCUAAUUCUAGUCCUGGAGAUAUCCAUGAAGUCAUUGUGAGCGAUUUUCUUAUUUCUGAUGAAUACCUUCAGAAGAUGGAAAAUGUGCUUGAUAUUUGGAGUUCAGGACUGAAGACAAACAUCAUAUCUGAACUAAGUAAAUGGAGACUGAAUUUUAUUGACUGGCACCGAAUGGAAAUGAAAAAAGAAAAAGAAAAACACGCAUCAGAUUUAAAACAGUUGUGUGGUCAAAUCCACAGCUUGAAGGAACUACAAAAAGCCUAUGAAAUCUCCAUUGGGAGAAAAGAUGAGGUCAUUUCUAGCUUGUCUCAUGCCAUAAGCAAGCAAAAGGAAAGGAUAGAAUUGAUGAGAACAUUCUUCCACUGGCGAAUUGGCCAUGUUAAAUCCAGGCAGGACGUUUAUGAAAGUAAACUAGCUGAACAAUACUUCCAAAGAGCUUUACUAAAGAAAGCCUGGAAAGGCUGGCGUUCUGUAGUAGAAAGGAAAUGGAAAGAUGUAAUUGAACGUGCUUGUCAAGCAAGAGCUGAAGAAGUUUGUGUCCAGAUUUCCAAUGAUUAUGAAAACAAAGUUGCUAUGUUAUCCGGUGCUUUAGAAAAUGCAAAAGCUGAGAUCCAAAGAAUGCAGCAUGAAAAAGAGCUCUUUGAAGAUUCCAUGAAGAAAGCUUUCAUGAGGGGUGUAUGUGCAUUAAAUCUUGAAGCUAUGACAAUAUUUCAAAACAAAGUUGAUGCAGGUACAGACUUCACAAAUGUUAAAAAGGAAGACCAUGGUCCUGGGGUUCAAGGAAAAGAACAUCCUGCUCAUUUGGACCCUUCGGCUGCUCCACUGCCCUCAUCUGGGGCUCGGCCACUGACCCCCCCGGCAGCAGCCAUGGGAGUCACCAGCGGUGCUGCCUUCUCUGCCGCUUCCCUGACUUCUGCUGGGGUUGCUUCUACUUCCUCUGCUCACAUUUCCUUUCCUCCUGGUACUGGAUCUACAGCUGUUGCUGCACCAGAAGAAAUGUAUGUGCCCAGAGUUGUGACAUCUGCACAACAGAAAGCUGGAAAAACAAUUACAGCUCGGAUCACAGGGAGAUGUGAUUUUGCUACAAAAAAUAGAAUUGGUAGCAGUUUAGCUAUAAUGGGAGUUUCUCCUCCCAUGAGCUCGGUUGUUGUGGAAAAACAUCAUCCAGUGACAGUGCAAACCAUUCCUCAAGCUACUGCAGCAAAAUAUCCCCGGACCAUUCAUCCUGAAAGUGGUGUCUCAACUUCCAGAUCUCUUGGAACCAGAUCAACUCACACCCCAUCUCUCACAAGCUUUCAUUCCAUAAAAGUGGUUGACUAAAGCAAGUAUGUUCAUAGAAGUGUUUUACAAAGUACUAGAAGUCUUUAAUUCUUAGAACAUCAUGGAUCCAUCAUGUUCACCUUCACAAAAUUACAAGAGACUUUUUCAAACCAUACCAUCCUUUGUAACUAUAUGUAGAAUUAUUUUAAUGUUA